GUCGUGACUCAUCCUCUCUCUCCUCGUUCUAUUUAACCACCACUGUUCAGCUCCCGAUCCAACCGAACCGAUCGAUCCAUCGCUUCGUUUGCCAGAGAAGAUGUCGCUUAAGAAAUUCGUUAUGUCCGGAAUCCAGGAUGUCCUGGAGAAUAAACUCGGACAAGUCACUGGUCGAGGUCAACAACAGCAACCGUCCGAGCCACAGCACAAUUCCCAGAACGAUCAAGGACAUAGCAUGAAUCAGGGCUAUUACAAUAACAGCCAAGGCGGAUAUCAACCGCAGCAGUCUGGUCCAGGCUACAACUCCUAUGGCCCUCAGGGCGGCUACUCUCCAGCCCCAGGGGGCUAUCCACCCGCCCCAGGAGGUUAUCCUCCCGCUCAAGGAGGUUAUCCUCCACAACAAGGGGGUUACCCUCCAGCUCCAGGAGGUUACCCUCCACAGCAAGGGGGAUAUCCACCUCCAGGAGGCUAUCCCCCACAGGGACCGUACCCACCACACGAUUCGCAACCAGGAGGAUACCCCGGAAUGCCGCAACCGGGUGGCUACACGCCAAAUCAAGACGCUGGUGCUUAUCCUCCUCCACAAGGCGGGAUGGGCUAUCCACCACAACCGGGAUAUAACCAACCACCACAUGGUGGUUAUCCACCCCAAGGACAGUUCGGUCAAGGAAUGGGCUAUCAGCAGGGCCCCCCGCAUCAGGGUAUAUAUGGUAGACCAGAAAUGAUCGGUACCCCGUCGAUUCGUCCAUAUCCAAACUUCAACGCUAAUCAAGAUGCGGAAACGUUGCGUAAAGCCAUGAAAGGUCUUGGUUGUAACAACUCCAAGGUGGUCAGCGUUCUUUGUGCACGCACGAACUGGCAGAGGCAAGAAAUCGCAAGAGCCUUCAAAACGAUGUAUGGAAAAGAUUUGAUAAAGGAUCUCAAGUCUGAACUCUCUGGUGAUUUUGAAGAUCUCAUCCUUGCUCUGAUGGAACCUACGGCGGUUUACGAUGCUAAACAAUUACAUAAGGCUGUACAGGGACUUGGCACCAAAGAAUCAGUCCUGAUUGAGAUUAUGACAUCAAGAACAACACAACAAAUUGCUGAGAUUCGCUCGGUGUACAAGCAACUUUAUCGUAGGGAGCUUGAAUCUGAUCUGAUUGGUGAUACCAGUGGAUACUUCCAGCGCCUCCUUGUUUCACUUUGCGCUGGUGGAAGAGACGAGUCCAACUACACGGAUCAGCUUAGAGCUAACCAGGAUGCCCGAAGGUUGUACAGUGCUGGAGAACGUCGCCUUGGAACCGACGAAAGUUGCUUCAAUCAAAUUCUCGCUAGUCAGAACUUCAACCAACUUCGGCUGGUGUUUGCUGAAUACGAGAAGGUUACAAAGCACUCAAUCGAGAGAGCAAUCGAGUCCGAAUUUUCUGGUGAUAUUCGAGAUGGUCUGCUUGCUCUAGUCGCUGUGGUUCGCAAUCGACCCGCAUACUUCGCUAAAUUGCUCUACGAGAGCAUGAAGGGUCUGGGAACUAGAGACAGCGACCUAAUCCGUCUUGUGGUCACUCGAUGCGAGUACGACAUGGCUGACAUCAGACAACAGUUCCAGGCCAUGUACAAAACUUCCCUUGAGAAUAUGAUCAAAGGUGACUGCUCUGGAGCCUACAAAGACGGUCUAAUUGCUCUUGUCAACGGGAACUAAGUGCAUCAAUCGUUUUGUACAGAACUUGCAUGUGCAUUUCUUUUUGUCAUAAUUAUAUGCUCUAAUUACCAGAAG